AACAAGGUUAUAUUCAGUGUGGUGAGGAACAUCAGUAAUGAAAUUGCAGGUUUUAGUGAAAAGUUUAACGAUAGAACGAUUUGCAUGAUGCAAGAUUGAGGCAUUUUUUUAUUGAAAUUUGUUGAAAGUUUUUAUAAGAUAACGGCGAUUAGAAGUUCUCCCCUUAUGUAAAUAUGCUUUCGAGUGUUUAUAUUAAGAUAAAUCUAUUUAUAAAGUCGAUGCCCCUUUCAUAUUAGUAUCACUUAGGUUUAGAGUUUCAUUUCAUUCAGUAACGAUGCUGAGCUUCGCGCUGUGCACCUUGGUAUUGUACCAAACCACGGUACUGGCCAUCCAGCCCGAAGUGGUUCUGCAGCAAGGUACUCUGAAGGGUUUGUGGGCCGACAGCCUCGGAGGACGUCCUUACGCAGCGUUCUACGGGAUACCCUACGCGAAGCCUCCGGUCGGCAAGAACAGGUUUAAGGAACCAGUGGCUGCAGAACCAUGGUUAGGGAUUUACAACGCUACUAAAGAACCACCAAAAUGUCUUCAGUUAUACAUCUUCGACGUCAGAGCGCCAUCCAAGUUAGAAGGGUCAGAAGACUGUCUUUACGUAAACGUAUUCACUCCAAGGUUGAACACUGGAGCAGCUGAACAGAAGCCUUUGCAUGUCAUUGCUCACAUUCACGGAGGAGCGUUCAUGGUCGGUAGCUCUUUGGACGGAGGAGUCGAUUACAUCAUGGACAGGGACAUUGUCUUCGUCUCCUUCAAUUAUCGCCUUGGACCUUUAGGUUUCUUGAGCACUGGUGACGUGGCUGUUCCCGGUAACAACGGGCUGAAGGAUCAGGUACUCGCUUUGAAGUGGAUCCAGCAAAACAUCGCAGCCUUCGGUGGGGACCCCAACAGCGUAACAUUGACUGGAUUCUCGGCUGGAUCUGGCAGUGUUCAUUAUCAUGUCUUGUCUCCACUCAGCAAGGGUCUGUUCAAAGCAGCGAUUUGUGUCAGCGGUUCUUCUCUGAGCCCGUGGGGUGUCGCCGAAAACGUCAGAGAAAAGUCUUUCGUCGUGGCUAGAGAGCUAGGUUGCCCUGAUGUUGAUUCCUUAUCAAUGAUAAAAUGUCUCAGGCGGCGCCCCGCCGAACACAUUGUCCAAACAACGAAUAACUUCUUGGGUUGGUAUUACAACCCGGUAGUUCCAUUUGGCCCGGUCGUGGAGCCUCCAGGCCCGAACGCAUUCCUUCCAGACACUCCGAUCAACCUCAUCAAACAAGGAAAGAGUUCGGAUGUGCCCAUGAUGAUUACAUUCACUAAGGACGAAGGAAUGUUUUUUGCAAUAGAUAUAAUAACCAAUCCCAAUCUGAACAACGAGAUUAAAGCUGACUGGAACGGAAUAGCGCCAUACCUGUUUGAUUACAAUUACACAGCUCCUACUGAUAAGAGGGAAGAAGUAUCCAAAGAGAUUAAAAACCAUUACAACAUCGAUGUAGAUUCUGAAGAAGGCCAGAAGAACCUUCUCAAGGCUUUGAGUGAUAGAAUAGUCGUAGCUGGAACAGCCAAAAUGGCCAGAGUCCAUUCCAGCAUCAACACUUCACCAGUCUACAUGCUCAGGUUUUCAUAUACUGGGAAAUAUUCCUAUGCAUCGACGAUGGGAAUGCCUAAGGAUAUGGGAGUUGCCCACGGCGAAGAUUUGAUGUAUGUAUUGUCAGCAAAACAAACAAGUACACAAGAGACUGAAGCAGAUAGACAGGUAUCAAGAGAACUAAUCGACUUGUGGGUCUCGUUUGCAGCUAACAGCACACUAGAUGUUCCGACUUUCAACCAGAAUCUCCCUAAGAUCACCUUUACAGACUUCCAGGGUCCAAACCAACUUGUACCAACAAUGGUCGAUGAGCUGGGAGAAGAAAACUUUUGGGAUUCUUUGAAGUUAAAAGAAAACAUAGAGUCAGUGGUACCGACUAAAAAUGAACUGUAAAUCAUGUAUAUAAAUAAAUGUUUAUUUAAUUUUAUUUACUUAAUUAAAAACCUAAAUAUGAUGAAAUUCAUACAUGUAAAUAGGACUCUUGAAUAAUGUGAUCAAUAAAUAUAAGAAAAAAAUAAAUAUUUU